AUGCAAAUUAUCAAUUUCCUUCCUCUCGCAUUCCUCCUUUCUAACAUCAUCAACGCCCUAUAUCUCUCAGCUGAACAACAUCCGAUCACACCACCAUCUUCCGCCUUGCUAUCACCAUCCCAAAAACAAACGAUUCCUCAACCUCUGAUCGGUUUCGGAACAUGGAAUCUAAAUCUUUCUCCUGAAAACACCACUGAAGCCGUCGCGUACGCAAUCGACAUUGGAUAUCGACAGAUUGAUUGUGCGGCGGCGUAUGGGAAUGAAGUGGCGGUAGGACAGGGAAUUAAAGAGGGGAUGAAGAGAGCUGGGUUGGGGAGAGAGGAUAUUUGGGUGACGAGUAAACUUUGGAAUGAUCAUCAUGGAAGUUAUAAAAAUGUGGAAAGGGGGUUAAAUCAGACUCUCCAAGAUCUAGACCUCGAGUAUCUGGAUCUAUAUCUCAUACACUGGCCAAUUGGUUUCUCAUCCAAUGGAACGAAGAAUCCCGAUCAUGUCCAGACUUACAAAUCCAUGAUUUCCCUUCCCAAAUCUCGUGUUCUCAAUAUCGGGGUAUCGAAUUUCUCUCCGCUCCAACUCAAGAAUGUCGUGUCGACUGGUACGAUGCCAUAUGCGCAUCAAAUGGAGCUCCAUCCCUAUUUACAACAAUCGGCGUGGGUAGCGACGCAUAAAGCUCUUGGUAUUAAAAUGACGGCUUAUUCUCCAUUGGGAAAUACUAACCCCACUUAUCAAUCAUUGUCUUCCACAUCACUCUCAUUUUCUUCAUCCCAAUGGGCAUCAUGGACAUCCCUCUUCCGCCCCCCCUCCUCAAAACCAAAAGCUCCACCUCUCCUCCAAAACCCCAUCCUCCUUGACGUUGCCGAGCAACGAAAUUGCACUCCAGCUCAGGUAGCUCUAAAAUGGAAUAUGGGAAGAGGGAUUAGUGUGAUUCCGAAAAGUAGUCAUGAGGAAUGGAUCAAGGAGAAUUUGCAUGCGGGGGACUGUGAGUUGACGCAUGCGGAUUUGACGAGGUUGAGGUUUGUGGGGAGGAAGUGGUUGAGUAGGUUUAAUAAUCCGGGGGAGGAAUGGGGGGUUACGCUUUUUGAGGGCUUGGAGGGGGUUUAG